UUUAGUGGAUACCUCAAUAAUUUGCUCUUUGAAGUUUUGGUUGAUUGAUGAUACACACAUACAGGGGAGCUAUUCGUAUCAAGAACACGCUCUCUCUUGCUCUCAAUGUAAUGUAAAGGAUAUCCUGACGGCCAGUUGAUUUCUUUAGAACUUUCACAUAGAUAGAGAGGGAGGGAAAGAGAUGAGCAGCUCAGAGACCCUGGUGGAAGCGGCACUACGAGUGCUCAACACGGCUGACCCAGUUGAAAAGGCCCGGCUGGGUGACGAAGUAGCUAAUAAAUGGCUACAGGGUCUCAUCACUCAGGCCUAUGACCCAUCCCAAGACGUCAUUGUACCGGAUCGCCCUGCUAGGCUUAGCAACGUGAAACUAGUGUCACCUAGCAUGAUGCCGAAACUGGGCAAAGCUGGAAGCUUGCAGAGUAGACAAGCCAUUGUACACAGUCUUGUCCACACUGAGAGCUGGGCCGUUGACUUAUCUUGGGAUAUAAUUGCUCGUUUCGGCAAGCAAGAGUGCAUGCCCAGAGAUUUUUUCACUGACUUCGUGAAGGUGGCACAAGAUGAAGGUCGGCAUUUCACCCUGCUUUCUGUGCGGCUUGAAGAACUAGGAUCAUUUUAUGGAGCUUUACCUGCCCAUGAUGGUCUCUGGGACUCUGCUAUGGCUACUUCUAAUGAUUUGUUGGCACGUUUGGCUAUUGAACAUUGCGUUCAUGAGGCUCGAGGGCUGGAUGUGAUCCCGACGACAAUAUCUCGCUUCCGCAAUGGGAGAGAUGAUCAGACUGCUGACCUGCUGGAGAAAGUCAUUUACCCUGAAGAGAUUACGCAUUGUGCUGCAGGAGUUAAGUGGUUUAGGUAUCUUUGCUUGAGGUCCAGAAAUCCAGAUGUGAUUGAUGGAUUGCUGAUGCCACAGAAAAAUGAAGUUAACUACAGUGAUAAUGAUGUGGAAGCUGAUGAUGAAGUAAUUCGGAUGUUUCAUGCAACUGUCAGGAGAUACUUUAGGGGCCCAUUAAAGCCUCCUUUUAAUGAGACAGCCAGAAGAGCUGCUGGAUUCGGUUCUCAAUGGUACGAGCCUUUGGCUAUCAAAGAUGUAGCAACUGAAUGAGUUGAUAGUGUUUUAGAUUCUUUGACACCACUAACUGCGAUAAGGUUUUUCUCGCCAUUCAUUCUCCUUGUGACGGCAUUUUCCUGUGUUUACCAGCUAUACAAUUACCUAUUGAAAUUCGUAGAUUAUUUGUAGACUCUUGUAUUUGACCAGCACUACAUAGUUUUGCUAGCUUUGCUUUGUGCUACGAUACAGAGAAACAGAACGGAGACUUGAUAUUAUAUAGUGAACAAACGUUCCCCUAGGACAAUUAAUAAGGGGUCCUUAUCGAGUAUCACUAAUAAAACCUACGAAAUCAAGUCAUGAUGUGUUUCUAUCAA